GCAGCAGGGCCCUGAGGCUGUAACUUCCGAGGCCCAAACAGGAAGAGUGACCUCUGAGCCAACAGAGGCAUCAGUGGCCUUGGCGGUCCAGCCUGGGGGCCUCCGGCAGCCUUUGUGGGGCGAGCGCGCGAGCUGUGGCCAGGCCAGGAGGACAGACUGGAGGGUCCUGCAGACUCUCCAGGGACUUCGGACAGCACCUGGCACCGAGUACCUGCUCACUGAAUGAUGGACGGACGCAUGGAUGAUGGACGGACGGAGGGACGGAUGGACGGAUGGAUGGACAGACCCUGAAGACAAUGUGGGUCACCUACUUUGUCCUCGGACGGCGACCUCUCAUCUGCCGUGACUCAGUCCCAUCUGCUCCCUGCCCCCCAGGCCCUAAACGUCCAGUCCUGUGCUGUGGCCCGCUAACAAGGACACGAGCUGGGUGUCCUGCCAAGAGUGUGCGCCCUGCCUCGCCUCCCGUCUGGCUCACCCGCCCUGGGCCACAGGCAAAAGCCUCUGUGUCGCUUUUUAAUGGUCUGCUCUGUCUGCCUGGCUUCGCACUAGCAGCCGGCCGGCCUGGCUGCUGAGCGGCCGCGUCGGUCAUUAAGGCAGCGGGUCGCCCGCAGAGCUGGACAGCUUCCUGCUGCCCUGGGGAGCCAGCCAGAGCCUGCGACCUGCCCAGUUCUGGGAGGAGGCACUGCUGGGGGCCCGGGAGCCACACAGAGCUGCACUUUCAGUGGUUUUGCUCCGCGUCCCCUUCGCUGCAGAUUCAAACCAACUGUGUCACUGCCCAGGUGGCCCGGGUCCCCCGGGGUGGGGAGGGGGAAUGGCUUCCCUGCACGCCUGUCUGGGGGUGCCUGCCCCCUUCCCACAGCCUUCCCCACUGCCCCUCCUGGCAAUGUCACAGGGAGGCCCGCCCUGUGUCCCCUGGCAUGGGCCUGGGAGGGGACCCUGAAACGCCAGCCCCCGUGGGGGCAGUGGUGGGUCUGCCCGCACAUUGGAGCCAGGCAGGGUCACCCAGAUUCCUGGGCUGCUUCCCAGGACCCUGCGGGGGCCUGGAGGGGCUGCACCUUCCCAGCUGUUUCCUGUGACUCCCGGGGACGGACCUGUAGCGGGGCAGGAGUGGGGCGGCUUCAAGCAGGGGCGCCGCGGUCUGGUGCAGAGGCCCACCCCCCGGGAAAGCGCAGUGCUGGCCGCCCGUCGUGCUGCGGGUGCUAUCCUGAGCUCCUUAGCUGUCUGAGUCACUUCAAGGGCAGGGCCUGCAAUCCAGAGGCACGGGGAUGUUAGGCAACUUGUCCAAGGUCACACAGGAGCUGGACUGGAAGCCCAGUGCUGCCUGCCCAAUAAGCACGGUGAUAGGAUGGGCAGUGACAGGUGCACUUUAGCAGUCCAGGAGGACUGCUCGGAGGUGGUGACAGAGAGGAGAGGCCUGCAGAGCUCCUCUCCAGUGAGAGACCCAGGGUCCCCCACUGGUCAACGGGGCGGGUCCACGGAAGGGCCCCAGCUUGUCUGAGCAGGGACAGCAUGGAGACAUCAAGCUCCAAAGUGAUAGCCCCACGGGGCGACAAGGGGAGACUGCCCUGGGCAAGUCCGGGGACACGGGCCCCGUCUGGGGCUUUCCUGAACAUCUUCUUCCCAAGGACGAGUCGGCCUCGGGAAGAAGAUGUUGGCCGCCUCUACUGCCGGCCGGCCCUGGCCCUGGCUCCGGCUGGGCUGUGCUGCUGCGUCCAGCGUUCAGGUGCCGGAGCCCACGGAGCGCACGGCCCGCCUCAGGCCACCCCCAGCGAAAGGUCUGCCCCAUCCGAAGCCCUCCGCACACGGAGAGGCCAGGUGGUCCUGCUACGCUGCCCGCACAGAACAGAUCGAACUCUGGCCGUCCGCUUCUCCUGCCCGGAGGGACCAGUGUCCACACCUCCUGUACGUGUCCACGUGUCCACGAGUGUCCAAGCCACUGAGCCUCCAGUGUGCAAGCGCGGAGAUGGCCACGACCAUGGGCCACCGAUGCAGGGCUUAAAACAAUCGAAAUCUGUUCCCGGGCUACCUGGAGGCCAGAAGUCUGAGAGCAAAGCAUCGGGGCUGUGCUCCCUCCGUGGCUCUCGGGCCAUCAGCGUCCCCCGCGGGGGUCACACUGAUCCAGCUCCUUGCUGACCUCGAGGCCCCUCUGUGCGGGCUGCUAUCCUGGGAGGGCACGUGUGAAAGGGUACGGCCCGGGAGCCCCACCAGCUGUGCCGGGGGUGCAAGGGGUGGGGGUGGGACUCUGGCUUCCUCUGUCCACCAGGGUAGGGCACAGUCACCCCCGACCUCCCCACCCUGCGGAGAUGAGGCCAGCCGGAGACCCGGUGGUGUGUCUCCAGCAGUGUCCCCCUCUGACUGCUGCCCCCGUGGCACCCCGUAGGUCUUCCUGGUUGCUCCCUCUGCACAGGGACACGUCACGUGGUUUCUGGCUGGGCCAGGACUUUAGCAGGGUAGAAGCAGAGGGAGAUAGAAAUGUCACCCGUGGCUCGGCGGGGCUCCGGGUCCCUUUCAUGGUCCCCGCGGUCCCUGUGCUUCCAACUUGUGAACCGGCCCCCACUUCACCUCGGUGCCUCCCCCCUCUUGGCACAGCCGUGUGUGCACGUGCGCGUGUGCGCACAUGUGUUUUUGCAUGCCUGUGUGCGUGUGUGUAUGUGUGUGCAAGGCGUGGCUCCCGAGUCCAGCAGGCUCCACUCCACCCGGGCAGCUGUGAGGCUCCCAAACCUUCUCCAUACACCCUGGGGGAGGGGCGCACGCCCAGAUACACAGGCGUGCACACACCUCACAUGUGCACACGGGGACGCACGCAUCACACACACGCACACACGACCAGGUGGUCAGAGCGAACAGCUCUCCCCGACCAGGGUCCCACACUCGGACAGGGGUCCUGCCAUCCACGCUGCGGGCUGCUCUGGGGAGGGCACUGUGAGGUGUAUGUGUGGGGCCCCCCAAAGUGUCAGGCGGUCUCGGCACCCCCCAGGGCCCCCGCACGCUGUGCCGGUACCACGCAGACAGUGUGGAGUAGCACGGUGUCCCCAGAGCCCCGGAAGCUGGGGGGGAUCUCAGAGCCCCUCUCCGCCCCCCCACCUGGCCUUCCCUACCGAUGGGUCCCCGAGGGAGCCAGCGCGGGCUCUGGACUUGCCCUGCCUCACCCAGGCCUGGAGCGGUGAGUCCCCACACACCCUGACGUCAGCCUGGCCUUCCGGACAGGAAACCCGCAGCAUCCGGAGAGUCCGUCCACGGGCCGGGCCGCUGCUGUACCAGGAACGCUGCAUCUCUGGACGAGGGGGGCUGAGAUGGCUCCGUCCGCCCCACGAAAUCUCAGAGCAGCCCCCUUCCCUCCCUCAAUGGGCAGCCAACAUUCUGGUUCUGUCGGAGGGACCACCCCCAGCAAGGGCAGAGCUGGGGCGACCUGGGACGAUAUGACCCCUCCCUCUCCCCGGGGACCAAGGUUGGGUCAGUGUCAGGCCAGGCAGGGCAGGGAGCGACCCCUCCCACCCCCUAAUUUUGAACCAGGCUUCAAGCAGGCACUCAGCUAAGGUCCUGGUCCUUCGGGUCCUUUGGGAACCAUCACCUGGGGUGUGACCGACCUCCGUGCCCGGCUCUGUUGUUUACGGGAACUCACAGGACCUCGCUGGGCACAGACCUGUGUUCGGAGCCCACCCUGUUCUCUUGGGAAGUGCCCACUUUGAGGAUCGGGGAGACCGUGGGUGUGAGUGUCCUCUCCGGGCUGUUUGUAAGCACAGACCAGAGCGGAGGGAGCAGGCACUCAGCGGGCCAGGUUCAGGCCCUGGAUCUUCUGGCUCCUGGUGGCCGCUUCCCUGUAACCGUAUGGGUGGGGACUCCAGGCCCCUCUGACCUUGAUGCCCAGUAGCACCUCAUCACCCUGUGCGCUGGGCUAUAUGGCUUCCUGGGCUCUGCCCCGGCGGACCUCAGGGGAGGCGCUGAGGGGGAGGCUCAAGCUGCUUCUUUGCGAGCGAGGGCCCCGAUUUUGUAGGGCGUCUGGGGCCUGGAUGCCAGCAGCAUGGCUGCUCACCGUCUGAUCAGCUCAAUGUGGAGCCUCAGUUUCCUUUUCUGCAACGUCAGUCACACGCGCACGGAGCUCUGGUUGGAAGGCUCGGCGGACGGCAGGCGCGGACAAUAAAACACCAGCCGUCCAGCAAUACGGGAAGACGUCCAGAACAAAAGCAGAGACGACCUUCGGCUCCAUCAGCAUCAGACAUCGGUUCUAAAAAAUCCCCGAGUCUUCCCUUCCAGCUUACCUCAUAUCAUAGAAUAUGAUCACGGUUGGGAGCUGCUGUCCUUCGUAACUGUCCUUUAGGAAAUCUGGACUGUUCUCCGAGUUUUCCGAUCGUAGAUGUGUAACAACUGUCAUUAAUAAGUCUUAAAAGAACAUGUGCGUUUGCAAGGUAAUUUCCUGAGGCUAAAUUUUCA